AUGCCGGGCGGAGGAGUUGUCCCCAUCAGCGGCACGACUGAUGUCAACCGCGUCGAAGCCCCCGUGACUGUGCGCGCGUACCUCAUUGUCGCCUUUGCUGCCUUUGGCGGUAUCUUCUUCGGGUAUGACACUGGCUGGAUGGGAGGUGUUCUUGGAAUGCCCUACUUCAUCAAGCAGUACACCGGCAAAGAGUAUCCCGCCGUCAAGUUCCCCGGCGACACCAGCAGCGAUGCCUACAAGGCCUACAAGGACGCCUUCAAGGUCCCCGCGUGGGAGCAGUCUCUCACCACCUCAAUUCUGUCCGCCGGUACCUUCUUCGGAGCCAUCAUUGCUGGUGACGUCGCCGACUUCAUUGGUCGCCGAACCACCAUCAUCAUGGGCUGCUUCAUUUUCACCGUCGGUUGUAUCCUCGAGACUGCUUCCACGAGCAUCGGCGUCAUGGCCGCUGGUCGUAUCAUCGCUGGUCUCGGUGUUGGUUUCAUCUCUGCCAUUGUCAUCCUGUACAUGUCUGAGAUCGCGCCCAAGAAGGUCCGUGGUGCCGUCGUCGCCGGAUAUCAAUUCUGCAUCACCAUCGGUAUCCUUCUCGCCAAUUGCGUUGUGUAUGCCACCCAGAACCGCAAGGACACUGGCUCCUACCGUAUCCCGAUUGCUGUCCAGUUCCUCUGGGCGAUCAUCCUCGGUACCGGUCUUGCUAUCCUCCCAGAGUCCCCACGUUACUUCGUGAAGAAGGGCAAGCUCGACAAAGCCGCAAAGGCACUGGCUUCUGUCCGCGGUCAGCCCAUUGACUCCGAGUACAUUCAGGAUGAACUUGCUGAGAUCAUUGCCAACCACGAAUACGAGAUGUCCAUCCUGCCGCAAACCACCUACCUUGGUGGCUGGGCCAACUGCUUCAAGGGCAAGAUCACUGACGGAUCAUCCAACAUCCGCCGUACUCUUCUCGGUGUUGGUCUCCAGAUGAUGCAACAGCUCACUGGUAUCAACUUCAUCUUCUACUUCGGCACCGUUUUCUUCCAACAGCUCGGCUCCAUCUCCAACCCCUUCUUGAUCUCCUUGAUCACCACCCUCGUCAACGUCUGCUCUACCCCGGUGUCGUUCUACAUUGUCGAGCGCUUCGGUCGCCGAACCCUCCUCAUCUUCGGUUCCGCCGGCAUGAUCACCAUGCAGUUCAUUGUUGGUAUCAUCGGAGUUACCGCCGGGAAGACCUCGGAGCACAACCAUGCGGCCGUUAGCGCUAUGAUCGCUUUCAUCUGCUUGAACAUCUCCGUCUUCGCCAUGACCUGGGGCCCCACUGCCUGGAUUCUUGUUGGAGAGAUCUUCCCCCUCACCAUCCGAUCGCGCGGUGUCGGUCUCUCGACCUCGUCCAACUGGUUCUGGAAUUGCAUCAUUGCCGUUAUUACUCCUUACCUCGUCGGCGAUGGUCCCCACGAUGCCAACUUGGGCGCUAAAAUCUUCUUCAUGUGGGGUGGUCUUUGCUGCGUCUCGCUCGCAUUUGCCUUCUUCCUCGUUCCCGAGACCAAGGGUCUCUCGCUCGAGCAAGUCGACAAGAUGUUGGAGGAGUCUACUCCCGCCACCUCGGCCAAGUGGAAGCCCCAUUCCACCUUCGCUGCUGAGAUGCAUAUCGCCGAGAAGCACCUCGAGAUCCCCAUUAACACCGAGCACGUUUCCGAUAAGGCUGCCGACAAUGUGUAA